UCGUCUUUGUUGGUCGAUUGUCGCAGGUAUGAACGAUACGAGGAAAAAAGAUUGGAAAAAACUUAAAGAAAACGAGUUUCAAAAGUUAACCGGAUCGUGUCAUGUAUCAGCAACACCAUCGGGUCACUUCGUCGAGAAGAUUAAGAAUGUUUCAAGGUUAAGCCGAUCGUGUCACAUCCUACCAAUACGGAGCCUCCGAUGCGAUGGAGUCUUCCAUAAAAUCUCUACUCCUUGUAUCCGUCGCAGCACCUCUCUCUCCCACACGCGCGGUUAUGCUCAUGUAAGUGAUUUUGGGUUGGCCCGGCUCCUCAGAAAAUUUGAUCAAGAAUCAUCUCAGAACCAAUUUAGCUCUGCCAACAUCAAAGGAACCAUCGGUUACAUGCCACCAGAGUACGGAAUGGGAGGUGAACCGUCGGUAAUGGGUGACGUUUACAGCUUUGGAGUCCUCGUAUUGGAGAUGUUCACAGGGAAAAGACCUACGGAUGAAUUAUAUUCCGAGGAUUUCACUCUCCAUAACCAUACAAGAUCAGCAUUACCGGAGCAUGCGAUGGAUAUCGUAGACCGUUCUAUUCUGGUGAAUGCAGUUCAUAUGUCAGGUGCUCGUAUGGGCCGUGAUGCCAUGGCCGAGUGCUUGGGAAUGGUUCUCGACGUGGGAAUCAGGUGUUCUGAAGAAUCUCCGACGAACAGGACGGCCAUCGUCAAGGCUCUUAACGAAUUAGUUUCAAUCAGAAAGAGGUUCUUCAAAGCGAAGAGGGCAGUCAAGCAGUGACGUUGUGAUGCGUCGUAUGUUGUAAGAACGGCUAGUUUUUUUUUUUUGGUUCGGGGGGACACUGAUAAUGGCCCAAACAAAGGUUCUUCAAAGCCAAGAGGGCGGCUAGGCAGUGAUGACGUGAUGCUUCGUUCACAAAAUGCCUAUUGACAUUGUCGUUUCCCGUUUGUUAAUGUUGUGUUGCUGUUUUUUGGUUUUUCGUUAUGUUUUCGUCUUUUGUGUGUGUUGAUAUGUAAUAACGGUUGUUUUCCAUUCGGGGGAGACAAAUGAGAAAUUUACUCCAAUUUCUUUGUCACAA